CGCCUUGAAGAGGCUGGAUGUGGAGUGCGCCGCUCGCUCUCUCGCUCGUCAGUCGCUCGCCGCUCUCUUCUGUGGAUGCAACACCGUCCAGACACAUCAAACUAACCCAAACAAUGACAUUAUCUGCAACGACACGACAGAGACACACCAUUAUCUGACUAACUGAACCGAUCCCGCGCACCUUUCUGCUCGCUGUUUGCCGCCUCAGUCCAGCCCUGCGCCCAGAGGCUAGUGUGGGACCAUGAUGCUCAGCAGCUCAGUGGACGUACCCAGCCCUGGCGGGAUGAGUGCGGUGGCGGCCAGGAACGUGGUUCGCAGUUCCAGCAUCAGCGGCGCCAUGUACAGCCUGCAGAAGAGCCCCAGCAGCACGGGGCCCGACGCCACAGGCCUGGCCGGAAACAAGAAGCGUCGCUCCAGCCUGGGAGCCAAGAUGGUAGCAAUCGUGGGUCUGUCACAGUGGAGCAAGAGCACACUGCAGCUCAACCAGCAAGAUGGUGGAACAAAGAAGCUACGCAGCACCAUCCGGCGGAGCACAGAGACGGGUAUCGCAGUGGAGAUGAGGAACCGUGUCACACGGCAGGGCAGUAAGGACUCGACAGAUGGCAGCACCAACAGCAACAGCUCUGAUGGGACUUUCAUCUUCCCCACCACUCGUCUUGGCCCUGAAAGCCAGUUCAGUGACUUCCUGGACGGUCUUGGUCCCGCUCAGAUAGUGGGGCGGCAGACAUUAGCCACACCGCCAAUGGGUGAUGUUUACAUCGGUGUGGUGGAUAGAGGGGGUCAGUUAGAGGUCGAGAUCACGCAGGCCCGAGGUCUGACCCCUAAACCAGGCUCAAAGAACAUUCAAGCAACAUAUGUAAAGGUUUAUGUCCUGGAGAAUGGAAUGUGUCUCGCUAAGAAGAAAACCAAAGUGGUGAAGAAAACCCUGGAUCCAACCUUCCAGCAAUCCCUGAUGUUUGACGAGAUCCCGCAGGGGAAAGUGCUGCAGGUGAUCGUGUGGGGCGAUUACGGCCGCAUGGACAGCAAGUGUUUCAUGGGAAUGGCUCAGAUCCUCCUGGAUGAUCUGGAUCUGUCGUCGAUGGUGGGUGGCUGGUACAAGCUCUUCCCCACCUCCUCUCUGGCGGACCCCAGCAUCGGCCCCCUGACGCGCCGACUCUCCCAGUCCUCGCUCGAGAGCGCCACCAGCCCCUCUUGCACCUAGAAACAUCCAAGUCCCCUUCUAAAUAUGCCCGUCUUCUCUAUCUCUACGUGUGUAUCUUUGUUCAAUAUACCCCGAUACUGACCCCAAACGCAUGAACACACCCUGAUAGAUACAGCCAACUCGCCCGGCGCUGGAACGCUCCUCUUUACCGAUACAGAUAUUUAGAGUUGGAUACAAAUCAGGCGUGACACAUAUAACACACACAUACACACACACCCUCGCAGAUGGAUAUGGGUGUAACCAGCAACAUGCAGUCGUAGGGUUGUGAAAAAGCAGUCACGGCUGGUUACAUACAGAUCCAUUGUCUGCAGGUCAACCAAUAGGGGCAUUUAAUAAACCCGCCGAGAAAUAUUCCUGACAAUGUAGCAUUCGUGUUGACGUCACGUCACACAGGAAGCAGAAUGGGUAGUUUCUAGUAGUUUCCAGACCCUCGAGGGUCAGUCAUUUCUCUAUGCCAAACCCGAACAAAGUUUUAUUUUUUAAAAACCAAAGCAAUUCUUAUUAUCUGUAGUGUUAUAUUAUAGAGUAUGGAUAUGUAGCAGAGUCAGUGACUUAGAUGAGAUGCAAAAAACAAAGACGUGUUAGAAAAACUCAAAAGGUGCGGUCACGUUAGCGAAAUUUUGUUGGCAAAGGAAUCCAUUUUCAGUUGUCGAUAGUGUAGCGACAUAUUAAGUCACUUGCAUACCAAGCAACUUUUGGCGUGGCAAUUUCGCAGGACCAACUUGAAGACGAACGAAACCUGCGUCGCAACUUUUUCGCCCUUUGCGCGAAAUGGAUUCCUAUAGAAAUGACUGGAAUUCGCCUGUAAAAUUUCGGUAAAUGUGAUCGUACCUAUAUUCACAAUUAAACUUUUAAAGGGCAGGGCUUUACUCCACAUGUCAGGUUAUUUAUUAGAAAUGCACACGAUUCCUGUCGCAUAAAGUAGCGUAUUCUUUUUUUCCUUUUCGGAGAGCUGAAUAAAUAAAUAUAUAGAUCGCUAUUUGUGUUUAUGUAUUUAUCGACUGCAUUCUGCACGUUAACUCGCAACCCUUGUUGAGCAAAAUAUGUAAAGUGCUAUUUUAAGCUUGCCUUUAAAAUUACGUAGACUUAUAGACGGUAGGUUAUUUAUUUUGCUAAUGUGUCAAUCUCACUUUUGUCUGAACAACACCAUCUGCACCGAGCUGCAGAUGUAGUCGAGGGAAUCAAACCCUCCCUCCUGUUAAACCAGCAACCCUCGUACACAGCUGCAUUGUGGGAUACGCCGAACGGUGUCCGCUGGCAAGCAAGAAAACUUGUAGCAAGUAGCGAAGCUUUCUGGGAAGUUGGAGCUGCAUUAGACUUUACCACCUCGAGUAGUUUUGGGUUUCUUUCUACCAGCAUUUGGAACUGUUAAAGGCCUUUCCCAUUUCCUGUUACUCUCAGGAGGUCAUGCUGAACAAAAAAAACACACACACGCAACAAUAUGAGGACUGGUGAUGGGGUCGCUCUCUCAACAGGAUCUUGAAGCCCAAAACAAAUGGUAUUCUAUAAACUCCUGGACACUUUUUUUUUUGGUCUUUCGAACCAUUGUGACCAUUCCUGUCCAAUCAGCAGUCUUCUUUAGCUUCGUCUCUGAAGCUGAGUGGCUCUAGACGGUUUCUUCAGUCGAUCUUCGGUGUUAUGGAGACUUGUGGAAGGAAAGCAGCACUGUAGGUAAAAAACGAAGUACUCUUGUCAGCCUCCUAGAUUUGUUUUCAUAGCUUCUCUAAAUAUAUCAGAGCUGGAGAAGGUACCAUACAUAUCAUAUAUCUGUGCACCAGUUUAUUCAUGUCAAAUCAGUCACAUAUUUCUGCAGAGAUGAUGGCAUUUGUGACACUAUCAGUAAGAACCAGAACAUUAGUCAUUUCUAAAUUCCCAUAUGGAUCAUUUGCCAAAUCAUUAAAGACGUUUGUAUAAUUCAAUCUGUUUAAACACUCUUUGAUGGAAGCACACAAACUCUAUUGUAGAUGGAUCUGCUUUGAAAGGCGGAUUAUGAGACCGUCAGCAAACCGUUUCAUCUGAUUUAUCAUUUUGAAUCGCAUCAGCUUUUGAAGUAUUUUAGUGUUGUGUUUUGUACAUGCUGUUUUUUUUUUCUAUCUGCCAAUGUCACUGCUACACUGGUCAAGAUGUACAGCACAAAAUGUCACCAUUUAUCUAGAUGUUCAUAAGAAAGUGUGCCUCACAUUCCAUACUUUCAGAAUCUCUUGUUUUUAUUAUCCUAGGCCAUUCCAUCAAUGCACUUUACAGUACAUGCACACGUUUCAAUGCAUUUGGUAAGAUGUAGAUACUAUAAAACACUUAAUUUUCGUAAUGAAUGGUCAUGUUCAUAUAGAGAUUUAUCUUUAAAUCCUGAGAAACGUUUAGUCGUUGCUUGUGUCUUUAUUUAUCUUUUCUCUGUCCAUUUAGAUGUUUUGCUUCACAAAGAAUCUUUAAGGACAAUUUCAAGUUACAAAAAACGGCUGAAUCAGAAGACACGUUGUGCACACUAAAUAUAGUUGCAUUUUAAUUGUUUCUGUAAGGCCAAAAGUAUAAGUUGGACCAAAAAAUGGGACUUUACACUUUCUUACUUUCAUCCGAAACUGCAAAAUAUGUAUUUUACCCAUGCCAGAUUGAACAUAUUUACAAUAUUUUACUUUUACCUUUAAACAUACAAAAAAAAAUAGUUUCUGCUAUCUUUCACAUACAUGUCUUGCUUCUUUUGUAUUUGCACAAGUUUGAUUGUGUUGCACUUUUUCACUAACAGACAAAUGUCUGUACAUUAAAUUAGGAACAAAAAAUGACUUCUUAAUUCUAAUUUAAGACGAAAUUAUAUUACUGUACUGAAAACAAAUUGUAUUUGCAGCUGAAUGUUUGUCCUUGGUAAACACAUAUGAAAUGACUAUUAGAUAUUGAUAUUUUUUCUAUGUGAUUUUACGUACUUGGGAAUUUGGGAAAAUAUACGUGUCCCUUUACUGUACAAUGAAGUAGUUACAAAAUCUUACUGGUCUUGCAUUUUUGCAAAAUGAAAAGAGUCUGAAUGCAUGAAUAUUUGUACUGUACUGCUCUAUUUUUUCAGGUGUAGUGGAUGGAUGUAGCUUGUUGCAGUCCAUAGCUAAACCAAAUGCAACAUUAACAAAAAAAAAAGAAGAAGAAUCUAGAUUUGCCGCUUCCAGAUUUCUGUGGUUUGGAUGCGUUUUGAUAUUUUAACAUGGAAUGAGAACGAUCAGAUCUGUUUUGUUCUGACAGUAAUCAGAUACAGCUAACAAAUGCUUCUGUGAUGUGUUGAUGAUCUGUAAAUACAAAUCUUUGAGUAUGAUGUUGUAACUUCUGAAUAAGAUACCAUCUGGCUGGCUGGCAUCUGGUUUGUUUAAAUGCUCGGUGUUGAACUAUACGUCAUGCUUUUAUAUGCGAGACCACUUCAUGCUUUUCAGUUCAUACAUGGUGAAGUCUGAAGUCUUUCUUGGCAGUUUUAUGGCAUGUGCAGUUUAUGUGUGAGUGUAAGUGACACCAGCCUGACUGGGGAAUGAUCUUAAUACACUGAAAUACAGAUAUCAAUAUCAAUGUGAUGUUAUGACGCAAGCUGAAUAAACCUGACAACAAUGUGUUGUCUUUGUGGGCCAACAAUCUUAGCUGAAACAGUUGGAUGUGAUCAACCUGGUAUUCAUGCUUACUUUUUUAUUUGCAUUCAGAAAUGGACAGUAGAUUGUAAAACUGAGAAUGAGGUGUAAAUUUGAACAUUUAUUUUAUGAGAUUUCGCUCUGUCAGGUACUGUAUGGUGUAUAUAAAUUAUAUAAAUGUUGACAGAUUGCUUUAAUUUCAAAUAGGAAUGUAAUCCCUUUACAUCUUUCUGGGCCAGUUAAAGGAAUAGUUCACCCAAAAUCCGGCCAGCCAAGAUGUAGCAUUACAUCACUUGCUCAC